UGGCAACCUUGACGGAGCCGUAGAUCGCUCGACUCAACCCAAAAGUACUCCGUACACGUGCAGCCAAACGCACCUGGAGCCGUCCCCUCCCCCCUCCCCCCCUCAACCGCGUUCCUGCGUUCCUUGUAACUCCCGUACCCGGUUGGGAUCAUGUCGAAACCAAAAUACCUCACUGGCGAUAGUGCCGCCAUUAACGAGUUCAUCGACCGUUUUGAUGUGUUUCUACUGGAUUGCGACGGGGUAAUAUGGUCAGGUGACCAUGUGUUUGAGGGCGUUCCCGAGACGCUCGAGUUGUUGCGAUCGAGAGGCAAAAAAAUUGUCUUCGUGACAAACAACUCGACCAAGUCCAGGGAGGAUUACCUCAAAAAGUUCACUAGCCUUGGCAUCCCCUCGAACGUGGAAGAGAUCUUCGGCUCGGCCUACUCCUCGGCCAUCUACAUCUCCCGCAUCCUCAAGCUCCAGCCCCCAAAGAACAAGGUUUUCGUCAUCGGCGAGGCGGGCAUCGAGCACGAGCUGCGAAGCGAGAACAUUCCUUUUAUUGGCGGCACCGACCCGGCCCUCCGGCGGGACAUCACGGAGCAGGACCGCCAGGGCCUCGCGGACGGGUCCCUCCUCGACCCGGACGUCGGCUGCGUGCUGGCCGGGCUCGACCUGCACAUCAACUACCUCAAGCUCGCGCACGCGCUGCAGUACAUCCGGCGCGGCGCCGUCUUCCUCGCCACCAACACGGACUCGACCUUCCCGUCGCACCACACCGUCUUUCCGGGGGCCGGGUCGAUCAGCGCGCCGCUGGCAUACAUGACCGGCCGGCAGCCUCUGGCGCUGGGGAAGCCGAGCCAGGCCAUGCUGGACGCGAUCGAGGGCAAGUUCCAACUGGACCGCGCGCGCGCGUGCAUGGUGGGCGACCGGCUCGACACGGACAUCAAGUUUGGCAUCGAGGGCCGCCUCGGCGGCACGCUGGCGGUGCUGACGGGCGUGAACAGGCCGGCCGACUGGGAGGCGGACGACGCCGUGGCGGUACCCGCGUUCUACGUCGACAAGCUUAGCGACCUCCGCGCCGCCGCCGAGCAGUAGUUCUGUAGUAGCAGCAGCAGCCGCGGGCUCCAGAACGCUUGAUGGGCCCUCCUGUGGGGGUAGGGUUCCGACUCUGUAGCGUUACUUCGCCGGCCCUCCCGAGUGAAACAGUGCUGCAUUGUGUGUGUGGCAAGGCCGGCGUGAUCGGCUCAAAGUCAGUUCAGAGGGCGUAUGUGGCAUUCGCGCGGAGUCCCCGGUCGCUCUCGGAUGGACCGAGAGUGGUGUGGUGUGGAAGGCGUCCAUCCUGUCGGGCAUCUCCCGAUCCAAGAGGACCUCCAAGCAGUCCGUAGAUCUGGAUCCGGCCACAGGAAUGCCGGAAAGGGAUGGAGCGUGUUGGCCGUGGGGGACACCGAUUAGGGGCAGGAUGCAUGGCGACAACACCUUACAAGGACAUACACUACGCUCCUGUUGGCUGGGGGGUAUCCCCAACGAUAGGCGAAGCAACGAUUAGCCAUCUCGUUCUAAGCUUUCCGAAACGAUAAGUAGUUAGAUG